GAGCUGUCUGUCAUCCAAAGCCCAAAGCUACAGACAACACUUCAACUCGCAGUCUGGUUCAGGAAAGAGCAGUAGUAAGAUGGAGUUCCAAGGGCAGCACGACAACCCCGCCAACCGCGUCGACGAGUACGGCAACCCGUUCCCGCUCGGCGGCGUCGGAGGAGCGCACGCCGCUCCCGGCACCGGCGGGCAGUUCCAGGCCCGCAGGGAGGAGCACAAGACCGGUGGGAUACUGCAUCGGUCCGGCAGCUCCAGCUCCAGCUCGUCUUCGGAGGACGACGGCAUGGGCGGGAGGAAGAAGAAGGGAAUGAAGGAGAAGAUCAAGGAGAAGCUCCCCGGCGGCCACAAGGACAACCAGCAGCACAUGGCGACGGGGACAGGGACUGGAGGAGCCUACGGGCCGGGAACUGGAACUGGUGCAGCCUACGGGCAGCAAGGCCACACAGGAAUGGCCGGCGCCGGCACUGGCACCGGCGAGAAGAAGGGAAUCAUGGACAAGAUCAAGGAGAAGCUGUCGGGACAGCACUGAGCCGCCGGCUCCGGCUGGCUGCUUCCUCUGCAUAGCUACGUGUCAAAGCCUUCCAGUUCCACGUGAUCUUUGUUCAAUAAUAAGAUGAAGCUGAACGAAAAGUUGUCUCUUAUCGCAUCCGUGUCAGGGACACUUCUCUGCAUAAAGCGUGCGUUGUGUUUGUUAUGUUUAUGUUGAAAAAAAAUUAGUGUACGACUAUCCCUAAAAAAAAAUCCCUCAAAAAAAAAAUAGUGUACGACUAAACUUGUUUCUCUCUAAAGGAAAUCAGGCUCUCCUUUCUGUUCAAGGAAAA